CUCUGUACUGAAGUCUGUAGUAAAGGCUAAGAUCUGAACUUCGUAAAGAAACGACAGUAUGAAUGAAUAGCCUACCGAGCGUACUGGAUAAACUUUUCAGCAGAAACACUUAGUAACUGUGUAUUUUUUUUUUUUUAAAUAUAUAUAUAUAUAUACUUUUUGGACUUUAGGCUUACUCAGUUCGAGAUUCAGAACCAAAAGGAUUAAAGCAGCACACGUUUGUCCAUCGUUUAGGGAUAUCUGUUCUUCAGUGCAGCUGUGUUGAGGUCUGACCAGAAUGUUGACCGCGUUGUGCUUACUGCUGAUGCUGUGGAGUUCACAAGGCAGCGGAAUAGCAGAGAGCCGAGAAGACAACAGCGUGUAUGAUUUAUUUGAGCUCGCAAAAGUACAUAAAAAACACCAUGGGGUGAGCCUAGUGAAGGGACCCGACCCUUACAGCCCUGCUUACAAAAUUCUCAACCCCAACAUUAUCCCUGCCAUCCCUGAGCGCGUCUUCAAGGAUCUCAUAUACUCCAUCCAAGAGGAGAAAGGCUUCCUAUUCGUGGCCAACCUCAAGCAAGCCAAGAACACCAGGGGCAGCCUGUUCUCUGUGGAGAGGAGAGAUGGCUCUGGUUCCAUUUUUGAGCUCGUCUCAAAUGGGAAUGCUGAUACUUUAGAUCUGAUUUAUGCCACGGCAAACGGGCACCAUGAGAUCUCAAUUGAAGAUGCACAGCUGGCCAGUGGAAGCUGGAUGAACAUCACCCUGUUUGUGCAGGAGGACCGUGCGCAGCUCUAUAUUGGUUGUGAAGAGAUAAACACAAGGGAACUAGAUGUGCCUAUCCACCAGAUUCUGACGCAGGAUGUGGCUGAUGUCUCUGUCCUUAGGAUUGGAAAAGGAGCAGUGAAAAGCAGAUUUAUGGGAGUGCUCCAGAAUGCACGCUUUGUAUUUAGGACCACUUUGGAGACAAUCCUUCGUAACAUGGGAUGUGAGAGCUCCUCGUUCAUCAUUGAUGUUGUGACCCUGGACAACCCAGUCAAUGGCUCCAGUCCAGCUAUACGCACAGAUUACACUGGACACAAGACCAAAGAUCUCCAGGACAUCUGUGGCUUCUCUUGUGAAGACUUGGCCGGCAUGUUUAAGGAGCUCAAGGGGCUUGGUGUGGUUGUUAAGCAACUGUCAAAUCAGCUCCACCAAGUGAAUGCAGAAAAUGCUCUAAUAAGGACCCAAAUUCAGAACUACAGUGGGGUUUGCCGGCAUAAUGGCAUUGUGUACAAAGACAAGGAUGAGUGGACGGUGGACAGCUGCACCCACUGCACCUGCCAGAACUCUGCCACUAUUUGCCGGGAAAUCUCCUGCCCUCUCAUGCCUUGUGCCAAUGCCACUGUGCCUGAUGGUGAAUGCUGCCCACGUUGUGGAACUCUGAAUGACUAUCCUGACGAUGGCUGGUCUCCCUGGUCUGAGUGGACUUAUUGCUCAGUGACCUGUGGCCGUGGCAUCCAACAACGUGGGCGCUCAUGUGAUCGCAUCAACAGCAACUGUGAGGGUACCUCGGUGCAGACCAGAGACUGCCACCUGCAAGAAUGUGACAAACGCUUCAAGCAAGAUGGAGGCUGGAGCCACUGGUCUCCCUGGUCCUCAUGUUCAGUGACCUGUGGCAUGGGUGUCAUCACUCGCAUCCGCCUCUGUAACUCACCCACCCCACAAAUGGGAGGCAAAGACUGUCAAGGAGAAGGCAGACAGACAGAACCAUGCAAGAUGUCCCCUUGCCCAAUCAAUGGAGAGUGGGGGCCAUGGUCACUUUGGGACUCUUGCUCUGUCACUUGUGGUGGUGGACUACAGAGCAGACAUCGCCUUUGUAACAAUCCUGUGCCCAAAUAUGGUGGAAAAGAGUGCAUAGGUGACUCCAAAGGCACCCGCAUUUGCAACUCUCAAGACUGUCCCAUUGAUGGCUGUCUUUCCAACCCUUGCUUUGCUGGUGCUAAGUGCACCAGCUUUCCUGAUGGCUCCUGGAAGUGUGGGGAGUGUCCAGUUGGGUAUACUGGAGAUGGAAUCCAUUGUGAAGACAUUGAUGAGUGCAAAAUGGUUCCUGAUGCUUGCUUCACGCUCAAUGGAGUCCAUCGUUGUGAGAACACUAAUCCGGGCUAUAACUGCCUACCAUGUCCUCCACGCUACUCUGGAACUCAGCCUUUUGGUAGGAGCAGUGAUCAAGCUAUGGCAAACAAACAGGUCUGUGCACCAAGGAACCCAUGUGAAGAUGGCAGCCAUGACUGUAACAAAAAGGCCAAUUGUAUUUAUUUGGGCGUUUUCUCUGACAUCAUGUUUCGCUGCGAAUGCAAGCCAGGCUAUGCUGGUAAUGGUUAUAUAUGUGGAGAGGACACUGACCUCGAUGGCUGGCCCAACAGUGAUCUCCACUGUGUUGAGAACGCCACCUACCACUGCAAGAAGGACAACUGCCCUAGCCUUCCCAACUCUGGGCAAGAGGACUAUGACAAAGAUGGAACUGGGGAUGCUUGUGAUUAUGAUGAUGACAAUGAUGGGAUCCCUGAUGAUAGGGACAACUGCCCAUUUGUCUUCAACCCAAGGCAAUAUGAUCAAGACCAAGAUGAGGUCGGUGAUCGCUGUGAUAACUGCCCAUAUAACAGCAAUCCAGACCAGAUUGAUACAGAUAAAAACGGAGAAGGCGACGCUUGUGCAAUUGAUAUCGAUGGUGAUGGUAUUCUGAAUGAAAACGACAACUGCCCAUACGUGUAUAAUGUUGACCAGAGAGACACUGACAAAGAUGGGGUUGGAGACCACUGUGACAACUGUCCAUUGGAGCACAACCCUGAUCAGAUUGACUCUGAUUCAGAUAAUGUGGGUGACAAAUGCGACAGCAAUCAGGACAUUGACGACGAUGGUCACCAGAAUAGUCUGGACAACUGCCCAUAUAUCCCCAAUGCCAACCAGGUCGAUCAUGACAAGGAUGGCAAGGGUGAUGCAUGUGACCACGAUGAUGACAAUGAUGGUGUGCCUGAUGAGAAAGACAACUGUAGACUGGCCUUUAAUCCAGAUCAGUUAGACUCUGAUGGUGAUGGACGGGGUGAUAUUUGCAAGGAUGACUUUGACCAGGACAAUGUUCCUGAUAUUUUGGAUGUUUGUCCAGAGAACUUUGCCAUCAGUGAAACAGAUUUCCGUAGGUUCCAGAUGGUUCCUCUAGACCCUACAGGAACUUCACAAAUUGACCCUAACUGGGUAGUCCGCCACCAGGGUAAAGAGCUUCUUCAGACAGUCAACUGCGACCCUGGUAUUGCUGUUGGAUAUGACGAAUUUAAUGCAGUGGAUUUCAGUGGAACCUUCUUCGUCAAUACUGACAGAGAUGACGAUUAUGCUGGAUUUGUGUUCGGCUAUCAGUCCAGUUCCCGCUUCUACGUGGUGAUGUGGAAACAGAUCACACAGACCUAUUGGUCUCACAUACCCACAAAAGCACAGGGCUACUCUGGACUGUCCAUCAAAGUGGUCAAUUCCACCACAGGUCCAGGAGAACACCUUAGGAAUGCAUUGUGGCAUACUGGAGACACAGCAGGACAGGUGCGCACUUUGUGGCAUGACCCCAAGAAAAUUGGCUGGAAGGAUUUCACUGCCUACAGAUGGACCCUCAUCCAUAGACCCAAAACUGGACUUAUCAGAGUCAUCAUGUAUGAAGGCAAGAAAGUCAUGGCAGAUUCUGGAAAUAUAUAUGACAUGACAUAUGCUGGUGGAAGACUUGGCCUCUUUGUUUUCUCUCAGGAGAUGGUUUACUUCUCAGACCUCAAAUAUGAAUGUAGAGAUGUCUAAAAGGAUGAUUUUUUAGGAAUGUGUCAUCAUUUGUUGUUGUUGUAUCAACCUAGACAAAUAAAUGUGUGUUAUGAGACAAGGCCCAUGGAAUUCUGUGAUGGUGGGACCAAGGCAACAAAAGGAAAAGUUACAAGGUCAUGUGACCUUUGAACUAAAAUCAGCUGGAUAACGAUCAUAUGCCUGCAGAAAAGCAGGUAAAUCAUCAUCUCUGCAUGGAACAGGGAAACAAAAACCUUUAAGACUUCUCCAUUUCUAAACUGCUCUCCUGCUAUUGAGGACCCCCCCAAAAAGAAGAGUUAUUGUUUAUAAUAUAGAUGUACAGAUCUGCUGUGGACUAUGAUCCUGAGAGAAAGAAACCUCUCAUAAUAUAAACUAAAAUUGUAAAUCUAUGUCCUUUUAGUAGACGGACAUGGGUUGUCGGUUACUUCAAGCAAAUGAGUGUUUUCUCUAUGAAUGUUUGUCAGAAAGACCCCACUUGAGGUUGUGUACUAACUGAAAAGCCAUUUGCCCUUUUCUGGAGGCAUUAAAUACAUUCGAAUGUUCUCAGGGUUAAAGGGACCUUUGUCAUCAAUUUUUCAAAGCAAUACAGUAUGCACCACAAAAGUUAUUUACAACAAUACUUAGACCAUAUCUAAAUACUAAAUGAAUUAUUGCCUGCUACUAUGUAACAGGCAAAUAGACAUUUCAGUUGUUACAUUGUUCUAAUUUGUUCUAAUUAUUGACACCCCUUGUGUGUGUAUAUAUAUAUAAAGAUGGAAAAAAAAAACCAUUGUGAACAAACUGGAUCUUUGUGGUAGAAUUUAUUUUGUUUUGUAUUAAAUAGUAAUAACUUUUAUCCAAAUUCCAAACAAUUUUAUAAUUUUUAGCCAUGCUUGUACUAUGCUCUGCAUUCUAAAUAGCAAAGAAAGACAAUAUACAAAUAAUACCUCAUACUAGAAUAUACAUCAGUUACAUUUUUAUUUAGUUAGCAAGUGUAGUACAAAUCGUAUGUUUUCAAAAUGUACAUAAUACAAAAUAUUUUUGCCCCAUUUUUGCCCCAUACCCCUACAGGGCAUAAAUGAUUUUUUAAUGUUGUGCUUAGUGAAUGAAUGAUGCAUUUUUAAAAUAAGUUAUUAAUGAUGUUUGAUGUAUUUGAAGAUGUAGUUUCAUGUUUGUAGAUAUGUGCUAUUUAAAUAAUUUAUCAGAAAGUGUGAUGUUUUUGGAAGUGUUCUUUAUGUAUAAACAGUUUGCACAGUGAUGUGAGGAUGUUUUUAUUGUCUGUUGUUGUUGUUGUUUUUGUUGUUGUUGUUGAACCCCCCUCCCCCACCUCUGAAUGAGGAUUGCCUUGUACUAUGAGGGUUGCCUUAUAUUUUUAUAUAAAAAUUUCUCCCACAGAAAUGCUGUUUUUACUGCUAUGUUAAAUUUUAAAAGAACAAACAAUAAACAGUUAAAGAUUAAA